AUGGCUGAAGAGCAGAGGGUACAGAAAUCGCCUUCAUGGGCUCAGCUGGUCACCCCCCUGCUGCAGCGCCUGCUCUCCCACGUGCGCCUCUCCAACUGCCUGGAGCUCUACCGCCUGGCCCUGGUCUACGGCCUGCCCGACCUGCGGGACGCCUGCCUGGCCUUCAUGGCCGUCCACUUCCACCAGGUGCUGUGCCAGCCUCAGUUUCCCCUCCUGGCCCCUCCCGCGCCCGCCCCGGGGGACGUCGGCCUGAAGCAGCAGCUGCUGGAAGCCCGGAUGGCGGGGACCCCCGUCCUGGUGGCCUUGGGGGACUUCUUGGGGGGGCCCCUGGCCCCGCACCCCUACCAGGGCGAGCCCCCGUCCAUGCUCAGGUACGAGGAGACGACCGAGCGCUGGUUCCCCCUGGCCAGCAAUCUGCCCCCGGACCUGGAGAACGUCCGGGGCUACGGUGCCGCUGCCCUGCACAACUACCUCUUUAUCGUCGGGGGCUACCGGGCCUCCAGCCAGGAGAUCGCCGCUGCGCACUCCUACAACCCCGGCGCCAACGAGUGGCUGCAGGUGGCCUCCAUGAACCAGAAGAGGUCUAACUUCAAACUCGUGGCAGUCCAUUCCAAGCUCUAUGCCAUUGGUGGGCAGGCCACAUCCAAUGUGGAGUGUUACAGUCCGGAGCAGGAUGCCUGGAAUUUUGUGGCACCCUUACCAAACCCUCUGGCUGAGUUCUCCGCAUGUGAGUGUAAAGGGAAGAUUUACGUCAUUGGAGGCUACACCACCAGAGGUCUAAGACCUUGGACGAUUUCAGAUAAAUUGAAGAUGUCCCGAAUGGCUUGCUGCGGGACAGUGCGAGGGAGCAGGGAGUCCGGCUGGGAUGGCUGUCAUGGGAUUCUCUUCUCCCAAGGCAUUCAGAGCCCAUUUGAAGGUAAUUUAAAAAGUACGGGGAACAUGCCACUUGCGAGGGUACUUCCUCCACUGAGACCUUACUGA